ACCAAUCGAUCCAUCCCCCUCCUCCUAGCGAGCGAGCGAUCAAGAGCAAACCCUAGCGCCGCCGCCGUCCCAGAAGGUUUUCCCCGCCACGACUGAACGCCGGCGUGGGGUGCCCAGCCUCCACAACCGGCGACGCGACCCUCCCCGCCGCGCGCUCCCCGCCCGCCUGCAACUUUUGCGGGGGUAGCCGGGGCUCCGGCCUCGGCGGCUUUCUAAGCCCCCUUCCUUACAACAGGAUCCAAAAUCCCGUCCUAGAUUUCUUCUAUCUCCCCUUCCAGAACUUCCUCUUUUGGCAUCAGUGAUCGUCGGAAUCUCAUCAUCCUAGAUUGAUUUCGAUUGUUAUAAUUACUGACUUUUUUGCCGUAAUUUUCUUCUUCGCUGUUCGUCGAUCGAUCUACAGCACUUUUCGCCUCAUACAAUUCUUUUCUUCUUCGAUUUUUCCAUCACCAGAAACGAAUAGCAGAGAAUUUCCUGAUUACAGCACAAAGAAACAGAAAAAUUUCUGACUUUUUUCCCCAGUGGAUUAGCUUUCUCCGGUUGUUAAUUCCGUGACGAGAUGCCUGCGCUCGCUGUCGACGCCGCCGCCCCCGUGGCCCACGCCUUCGCCGCGUCCUGCGACGCGUCGCCGCGCUUCGCCGCGCCGCUGCUGGGCCCCGCCGCCGCCGUCGUCGCUGCCGCGGCCGCCGAGAAGCCCGAGAUGGCCGCGUGGUCGGCCGACCUCUCGUCGGCGCUCUACAACGUGGACGGCUGGGGCGCGCCCUACUUCUUCGUCAACGACGACGGCGACGUCGCGGUGCGCCCGCACGGCGCCGCCACGCUGCCCGGCCAGGAGAUCGACCUCGCCAAGGUGGUCGCCCGGGCCGCCGGCGCGCGCGCCGGCGGCGGGCUCGGCCUGGCCCUGCCGCUGCUCGUGCGCUUCCCCGACGUGCUGCGCCACCGCGUCGAGACCCUCAACGCCGCCUUCGCCUACGCCGUGCGCUCGACGGGCUACGCCGGGCGGUACCAGGGCGUCUACCCCGUCAAGUGCAACCAGGACCGGUACGUGGUGGAGGACAUCGUCGAGUUCGGCGCGCCCUUCGGGUUCGGCCUCGAGGCCGGCUCCAAGCCCGAGCUGCUGCUCACCAUGAGCUGCCUCGUCGCCCGCGGCAGCCCCGACGCCCUGCUCGUCUGCAACGGCUACAAGGACCUCGAGUACGUCUCGCUCGCGCUCAUCGCCCGCACCAUGGGCCUCAACACCGUCAUCGUGCUCGAGCAGGAGGAGGAGCUCGACAUUGUCGUCGAGGCCAGCCGCCGCCUCAACAUCCGCCCGGUGGUCGGCAUGCGCGCCAAGCUGCGCACCAAGCACGCCGGCCACUUCGGCGCCACCUCCGGCGAGAAGGGCAAGUUCGGCCUCAACGCCGCGCAGAUUCUCUCCGUGGUGGCCAAGCUCAAGGCCCUCGCCAUGCUCGACUGCCUCCAGCUCCUGCACUUCCACAUUGGCUCCCAGAUCCCCACCACCGCCCUGCUCGCCGACGGCGUCGGCGAGGCCGCGCAGAUCUACUGCGAGCUCGCCCGCCUCGGCGCGGCCAUGCGCGUCAUUGACGUCGGCGGCGGCCUCGGCAUCGACUACGACGGGACGCACUCGGCGCAGACGGACAUGUCGGUGGCCUACAGCCUGGAGGAGUACGCGGCGGCCGUGGUCGCCGCCGUCGGCCGCGUCUGCGACCGCAAGGGCGUGCAGCACCCCGUCAUCUGCAGCGAGAGCGGCCGCGCGCUGGUGUCGCACCACUCGGUCCUCAUCUUCGAGGCCUUCUCCGCGACGGCGCCGGCUGCCAACAUGAUGGACCCUGCCACCGCCUACCUGCUCGACGAGCUCACCGACGACUGCCGCAGCGACUACCGCAACCUCAUGGCCUCCGCCGUGCGCGGCGACUUCGACACCUGCGGCCUGUACGCGGACCAGCUGAAGCGGCGCUGCGCCGAGCAGUUCAAGGAGGGGGUCCUCGGGCUGGAGCACCUCGCCGCCGUGGACGGGCUCUGCGAGAUCGUCGCCCGCGGCAUGGGCGCGGCGGAGGGGCCGCGCAGGUACCACAUCAACCUGUCGGUGUUCACCUCGCUGCCGGACAUGUGGGCCAUCGAGCAGCUCUUCCCCAUCAUCCCCAUCCAGCGCCUCCAGGAGCGGCCCGCCGUGGACGGCGUGCUCUCGGACCUGACCUGCGACAGCGACGGCAAGGUGGACCAGUUCAUCGGCGGCAGGAGCAGCCUGCCCCUGCACGAGCUCCCCGCCCACGGCACCCGCGGCUACUACCUGGGCAUGUUCCUGGGCGGCGCCUACCAGGAGGCGCUGGGCGGCCUGCACAACCUGUUCGGCGGGCCGAGCGUGGUGCGCGUGUCCCAGAGCGACGGGCCGCACUGCUUCGCCGUGACGCGCGCCGCGCCGGGCCCGUCCUGCGCCGACGUGCUCCGCGCCAUGCAGCACGAGCCGGAGGUGAUGUUCGAGGUGCUCAAGCAGAGGACCACCGACGACGGCGCCACCGCCGCGGCCCUCGCCAGGGCCUUCGGGUCGAUGCCGUACCUGUCGUUCGACGCCGAGGAGGCGGCGGCCAUGAGCGGCGCGGAGUCGAGCGGUAUGAGCAGCGACUCGGAGGGGUCGGCCGCCGGCGCCGCCGAGGAUGAUGACGAGGAGUGGGAGUUCAUGCGCGGGCUCACCGUGUGAGGGCGAGCUCUAUCUAUAUCUAUCGCCGGUCCAACCGGCCGGUGAUGUUGUAUCGUGUCCAUGGUCGUAGUGAGGUCGUCGGGCGUCUCGUCGCCGUUUAGUUUCGCCGGAGUUCGUUUUGGCGCCAUCUUUUUUAUUUCCCAUGCGUCGGUCCACUGUUUUCUUCUUGGAUGGAAUAAAUAACAAAAGGAAACUAGCUGUACUAUGUUUCUUUCGAUUA